AUGGCCGGCCCGAUCUUCGACCCCCAUGAUCCUUAUAAUGCUUUAGUCUCGGGUGAUUUGGGAAGUUUCCUCGACGACUUCGCUUCAAAGCAUGGUGCCAAGAAAUUACAAAACCAACCGCAGUUUAUGGAGAACCUCGGAUUUUCAUCGGAAGUAAGCAUGGCCGACCUAUUGGCGGCUGAUACCGGCCGUUUCAUGCCUACUGCAUCGAACCUAGGCGUAGAUAACAGCGAGGAAUCUCCUCAAUUCCCGCUCAACACUUUCUACGAUGCUGGACAAUACCUAGCUAUUCAAGAAGUCCAGAUUAGCAGAGUCAAGACAAAUGCCUUCAUCAUUCUGGGCGUCGCAUUCAGGAACGAUGCUUGA